AUGGAGGACCGACAAGCAGGGCUGUCGCGCACGCUGCCCAAAAACUUCACCUUUCCGUCGAGCGCAGACGAGCCCAGAACCCCCAAGCGCGCUUCUAUUCAUCUCGACGUCCCUCCCCCACCACCUCGCGCGGCCAGUUGUCAUUCGCGCCGAUUUCGCCCUCGCUCAGGGACCGACGUCUCUGCGCAGGUACACUCUGAUCCCGUUUCAUGGAAUCAAAACCACUCCGAUAUCCCCCUCCCAUCAAUCGAAAUUCCUCCACCGUCAUCACCACCGUCCGAUGCAGCCGUGGCACCAUCGAGCGCCGCUUCGGGAUCCACCAACAACGAUCGCUUCUUAGCGCCUCCCCGGGGCCGCACGGCCCUGAAAACGCCCCCAGCCCAGAUUCGUACGACCCCGACAGAACUCAACACCACAGGCGCAUGGUCAGUAUGGGAUAAUCAACAAGCUUCGGGUGAGGCGAUCCAGCGACCCAGUUCGUCCUGUUCUCAUGUUUCGGAUUCCUCCGUCUCUUCUGUUGAAACAUUCGCUUCCCGGCCAUCGGAGGGAAGUUGCACCAGCACUGAAAGCGAACUGCAGGACCCGUUCUUUUACUUGGAGCUCCCGAAGAAACCUGUCUCCCUUCAAUCGCCUCUGUCAUUGCCCGAACAGAAUGUUACGAAGCAACGGCGCACUCGUCAGGUAGCUUCCAAGGACCGCUGGACUGCGGAGAUGGAUGGUCACCUUUGGAACACGUACCAAUUGUACAUCCAGGAUCCCACCAUCACCCCGUUCAAAAUGACGCCUGGCAGUAUUCCGCCGCUGGGCGUCACGCACCGCGUGUCCCGUGAAGCGAAGAGGACCUGGGACCGGAAAACCUUCAGACUUAACCGAGAUAUCCUGAGCCAGUCGCAACGGCGUGACGAUGGCAACAACACGCCCACUCCCAAGGCCAACAGCGACGCAACAAAGCCCGGCUGGCCAAGAUCGGAAGCCUCUACCAGACGACGACUUAAGCUGCUGUGCAGGCGCAAGUUCUCCAUCGCGCCGCACUACCAGCGGUUGAUGAUGUCCAAGAGUCCCGCGCCGUUGGAGGACUCAUCUUCCCGGGAAUCUUCCUGCUUUGAAGGACCUGGCCCUAGCUCUGCCACUUUUGCGACCCGCGAUUUGGGCGUUUCCCUCGUGUCCAGCUCGGUCCCCGGGCCCUUGUCGCAACUCACGGCCGAAGACCGGCCUCAGGAUGCUCCUGUCGACUUCAAUAAUCCAUUUGGCAGUCCUAAGAAGCCGGAGUUAGCAAUAACAGCACCAGAAGACUCCGUUGCAAAGAGAGCCCUUGGCCUCGACAGACCCGUUGCUCCGCGCCUUGGAUCACCGUUCACCUACCAUACCUGGGGUCCGGAAAACAGCUCUUUCAAACGGAAAGCCCAUCGCCAUAACCCGAUGGGCCGGCGAGAGACGAUUCAUGUGACGACAGGCUUCCGAUUGCGAUCGCCACCACGGAUGGAUCUGUUCUCAAAUAUAAAGAAUGCCCCGCAAGCCCAGGACCCGUCGCACGCCAGUAAACCCGACGAGUACCCCCAUCUGGAAGAAUUCGCGCGCCAGGGCAAACUGAACGAUCCUGGAAACCGUCGCGUGCGGAUUCGCAACCGUGGUGCGACCACCAGCUCUGUGAAUCCGAGGGCACUCUAUCAACUCUUCUCCCCGCCAUCUUCGUCGUCGAAAGAUGAGACAAUGCCACGGGAGAGACCUGCGUCAGGCCAUCGUCGGAACCUCAGCGGUGACAGUAUCAAACGCUUGGGAUCGCCCUUUAAGCUGGAGGGAAUACGCCAUCGCCAUUCCUCAUCGGGCAGAAUCGUUCGACAUAUGCCGCCUUCAUCGGAUCCGUUCGGCCCUUCUCAGAUGCCACACUUGAAGCCAUCUCAGUCUGAGGGUAUGCUUCCCUACGAUGCCACGGAGCCGGGUCUUUCUGAUGCAGAGCGGAUUCGACGGCAAAUAUUGAACAUGCAGCAUUCGCGAAGAUAA